AUGGCGGCCGCCGACGACGGUCUGAAGAAGUUGGAGUACCUUUCGCUGGUCUCCAAAGUCUGUUCAGAGCUGGAAACGCAUCUAGGGUUUGGGGACAAAGUUCUGGCGGAGUUCAUCACCGAAAUCGGACGGAGUUGUGAGACGGUGGACGAAUUCGACGCCCGAUUGAAGGAGAACGGCGCAGAGAUGCCCGACUAUUUCGUCCGUACACUCCUCACUAUCAUCCACGCAAUCCUCCCUCCGAAGCCGAAGCCGGAGAAGGACGCCUCGAAGAAAGACGGCGCUUCUGAAGGUAAGAAAACCAAGUUUAAGGCUUUGGCUAUUGCUGAUAAUAGAGAUAGAGUUAAGGAGAUUGAUAAGGAAAUUGAGAUGGAGACUAGGGAGAAGCACUCAGGCGGAGAGGAGCGGGACGGAGAGCGUGAAGACGAUAGGCGGAGGGGUAGGGAUAGAUAUAGGGAUGGAGAUAGAGAUAGAGAUAGAGAUAGAGAUAGAGAUCGAGAUCGUGAUAGGCACAGAGGUAGGGAAAGAGAUGGGAGAGGCAGGGGAAGGGAUAGGCAUGAUAGAGACGAGAGGCGUAGAUAUUCACAUUAUAAUGAUGAUGAUGGGGAAAGAGGGAGUCGUGCAGAUCGAUACGAUAAGCCUAAGAGAGAUGGGUACGAAGAGAAUGGAAUUGAAAGAGAAGAUGGUGAUGAUAGGAGAGGUAAUAGGGAUAGGCGGAAUGGUCCUAGUAAGAACCUUUCUGAUGAACCCGAAUUGUACCAGGUGUAUAAGGGUAGGGUUUCGAGAGUGAUGGACACCGGUUGCUUUGUUCAGUUAAAUGAUUUGAGAGGGAAGGAAGGUUUGGUUCAUGUUUCACAGAUGGCAACUCGGCGAAUUAGUAAUGCUAAGGAUGUGGUGAAGAGGGAUCAGGAAGUUUAUGUUAAGGUGAUUUCUGUUUCGGGUCAGAAGUUGAGCCUUUCAAUGAGGGAUGUUGAUCAGCAUUCUGGGAAGGAUUUGCUUCCGUUGAAGAAGAGCUCAGAGGAGGAUGCUCAUAGGACCAACAAGUCGGUGUCCAGAGACGGACCUGUGACUAGGACUGGUCUUUCUGGGAUUAGGAUUGUGGAAGAGGAUGAUGUUGGUCCAUCGCGCCGGCCAUUGAAGCGAAUGAGCUCACCUGAGAAGUGGGAAGCCAAACAGUUAAUUGCCUCAGGUGUUUUGGGUGUGACAGAGUACCCAAUGUAUGAUGAUGAAGCAGAUGGGAUGCUAUAUCAAGAAGAGGGAGCUGAGGAAGAGCUUGAGAUUGAGAUCAAUGAGGAUGAGCCGGCCUUUUUAAAUGGGCAGACCAGGUAUUCUGUGGAUAUGUCCCCUGUAAAAAUCUUUAAGAAUCCAGAAGGGUCUUUGAGUCGUGCAGCUGCACUUCAGUCUGCACUCAUUAAGGAGCGUAGAGAAGUGCGAGAGCAGCAGCAAAGAACCAUGUUGGAUUCCAUCCCAAAGGAUCUGAAUCGUCCCUGGGAAGAUCCAAUGCCAGAGACUGGUGAGAGACAUCUUGCCCAGGAGCUUAGAGGUGUUGGUUUGUCUGCAUAUGAUAUGCCCGAGUGGAAGAAGGAUGCUUUUGGGAAAACCAUCAGCUUUGGGCAGAGGUCUAAGCUAUCAAUUCAGGAACAGAGGCAGAGCUUGCCUAUAUACAAGCUGAAGAAAGAAUUGGUUCAGGCGGUGAAUGAGAAUCAAGUGCUCGUUGUCAUUGGUGAGACUGGUUCUGGUAAGACAACCCAGGUAACACAGUAUCUUGCAGAAGCGGGUUACACGACAAAGGGAAAGAUUGGAUGUACACAGCCCCGUAGGGUUGCUGCGAUGUCUGUAGCCAAGAGGGUGGCUGAAGAGUUUGGUUGUCGUUUGGGGGAGGAAGUUGGAUAUGCUAUUCGUUUUGAGGAUUGCACUGGACCAGAUACUGUCAUAAAGUACAUGACCGAUGGUAUGCUUCUUAGGGAGAUUUUGAUUGAUGAGAACCUUUCCCAAUACUCUGUGGUCAUGCUUGAUGAAGCUCAUGAAAGGACAAUCCACACAGAUGUUCUUUUUGGAUUACUGAAGAAGCUUCUGAUCCGGAGACCAGAUCUUCGUUUGAUUGUCACCUCUGCUACUUUGGAUGCAGAGAAGUUUUCAGGUUAUUUCUUCGACUGUAACAUAUUUACUAUCCCCGGGAGAACUUUUCCUGUCGAGAUACUCUACACCAAGCAGCCAGAAAGUGACUACCUUGAUGCAUCUCUAAUUACUGUCCUACAAAUCCACUUAACAGAACCUGAAGGUGACAUCCUUCUUUUCUUGACUGGACAAGAAGAGAUUGAUUUUGCAUGCCAGUCUCUUUAUGAGAGGAUGAAGGGUCUUGGUAAAAAUGUUCCUGAGUUAAUUAUUCUACCAGUAUAUAGUGCCCUUCCUAGUGAAAUGCAGUCAAGGAUAUUUGAUCCUGCCCCGCCAGGGAAGAGGAAAGUGGUUGUGGCUACUAAUAUUGCUGAAGCAUCACUGACUAUUGAUGGGAUAUUUUAUGUCAUUGAUCCUGGAUUUGCAAAGCAAAAUGUUUAUAACCCAAAGCAGGGGCUGGAUUCGCUUGUCAUUACUCCAAUAUCACAAGCAUCAGCCAAGCAACGAGCUGGGCGUGCUGGACGCACAGGGCCUGGGAAAUGUUACCGCCUCUACACUGAGAGUGCAUACCGUAAUGAGAUGUCCCCUACUUCAAUUCCAGAAAUCCAGAGGAUAAAUCUUGGGAUGACUACACUUACGAUGAAAGCCAUGGGGAUAAAUGAUCUCCUGUCUUUUGAUUUUAUGGAUCCUCCUUCACCGCAAGCACUCAUUUCUGCCAUGGAACAACUGUACAGUUUGGGAGCACUGGACGAGGAGGGGCUGCUGACCAAAUUGGGUAGGAAGAUGGCUGAGUUUCCUCUUGAUCCACCUUUAUCUAAGAUGCUACUCGCUAGUGUAGACCUUGGAUGUAGUGAUGAGAUCUUGACCAUCAUUGCAAUGAUUCAGACAGGCAAUAUCUUUUACAGGCCUAGGGAAAAACAAGCCCAGGCUGAUCAGAAGAGAGCUAAGUUUUUCCAGCCAGAGGGAGACCAUCUGACUUUACUUGCAGUCUAUGAGGCUUGGAAAGCUAAGAAUUUCUCAGGUCCAUGGUGUUUUGAGAACUUUGUUCAGUCUCGAUCCUUGAGGAGGGCACAGGAUGUCAGAAAACAACUUCUGAGCAUCAUGGACAAGUAUAAAUUGGACGUGGUCAGUGCAGGAAAGAAUUUUACAAAGAUCAGGAAGGCAAUUACAGCAGGUUUCUUCUUCCAUGGUGCUAGAAAGGACCCGCAGGAGGGUUAUAGAACCCUUGUCGAGAACCAGCCAGUUUAUAUCCACCCAAGCAGUGCUCUCUUCCAGAGACAACCAGAUUGGGUCAUCUACCACGAGCUGGUUAUGACUACAAAGGAGUACAUGCGUGAGGUGACGGUCGUUGACCCCAAAUGGCUAGUAGAACUGGCACCAAGGUUCUUCAAAGUAUCAGAUCCCACAAAGAUGAGUAAGCGCAAGCGUCAGGAACGAAUUGAACCCUUAUAUGACAGAUACCAUGAACCUAACUCUUGGCGUCUUAGUAAGCGUCGUGCUUGAUAUGUGUUUCAUAUGCUCCAUCAGCAUGAACUCGGUCGUGGACUUGCAUUGAUUUUGCAUCAGAGUGUACUCUGUAUAUAUCUUGUAAUUCCUCAACGUAAUUUUUUUAACAUCGAGGACGAGGACCGUGAAUGGUAAUUAUGGAGAAUGUUGCUCUACAAGUUUAGUAUAUGUGUCUUGUAGCUGAAUUUUGAAUGUUGAGGUCUGUUCGACUGUUUCUGCUCACACUCAUGAAUUUUGAUGUACCAUUUAUUUUCUUAAUGUUCAACUUGUGUCUUCCCUA